CUCCUUCUGCUUUCUUGGUAGUAGCGGGGAGGGAGGAGGGAGUGGACACAGGAAAGAGGGGAAAAGAGAAAACAGAAAAAAAAAUUGCAUGCCACGGUGUCUGAAUAUAUCCUCUGCUUGUAGAUACUUCCAUCUGAGUUGCACUUUUGCCUUUUUAUUUCUGUUUUUGGACACCUCUUUUAUCAUCCAGCCAACUGGAAUAGACAAAGCACAGUUGGUGCCCUGAGCGACAGAACUCUGGUAGGGGGCUGGCUGUAAAUUGACGUGGCAUGGAAAUUCUCCGCUAAGUUGUAGCAGCUUGCAUGUUUCUCCUAAGAUCAAGCCCAGCCUCCCGGAGCUGUAGCUUAAUCAUGAUGGGCUCAACGACUGUUCAGAAAAAUGGAUAGAAAAAGUCUUCAGCUCCUUUCUUUGGACUCAGAUGUUUUCUUUUUGAGUAUCUAUGGUUUAGCUGAAAAAAUCAAAGCAGUUAAGUCUAUAACUUUGUUUUUGCAGCUUGAACAACAGAAUUUGCUGCUCUCCCUCCCCUGUCCUGCAAUUUAAUUCCUUACAGAUUUUGCCAUGGGGUGCGGACUUCGAAAGCUAGAAGACCCUGAUGAUAGCAGCCCUGGAAAAAUAUUUUCUACGCUGAAGAGACCGCAAGUGGAAACAAAGACAGAAUUUGCUUACGAAUAUGUAUUGCUGGAUUUUACUUUACAAGCUUCACCAAAUUCAGAAGUCAUCAAGAUAAAUUCAAUUCCAGACAUAGUAACAAAAGUGGAAGAUUACUAUCUUAAAGGAUAUAUAGUUGGGGCUAUUCAUCCUGUCAUACAACCUGUGCGGCAGAGAAAGCACCUACCUGCAAGUUACCUGUACAGGGCGGUGCUGUCCCGCUUGAAAUUAAGCCCGAAGCCUUCAGCAGCACCCAGUGGACAAAGACGCCCACGACUUGUGAUUGAGGAAUGUCCUCUAACUUACGAGACACAAACAAAUGACGUAGCAAAAGAACUGAUAGAAAAGAUUAAUGUAGCUGCUAAGAAAGGAAUGAGAUUUGUUGGGUUCAUAUCCCAGCAUUACCCACCGUUCUGCAAUGGAAACAACCCUGGCGGAGACGCAGAAUCAACACCACACGUGAGAUGCACCUCAGAUGAAAGCUGGAAGAGCUGGACCGAGGGAACACUCAGUGGGCAAUCAUCGGAAAGCGGAAUUGAGGAAGAAUUUCAUCAUGAAAGUGGACAGUGUCAAGUGGAACGAGAUGGCAGCCCCAGUUCCUCUAAAUCAAAAAAGGGAGAAGAUAACAAGCUGUAUAUAGCCUUCAAUGUUUUUGACGAUGAAUCAACCUGCUGGACCUAUCAGGAGGGCAUCCUGUCAGUGAAAGUAACAAGAAAAGGAUCUGUCAUUAGUACACUUGACGCCGAUUGGUUGGAGUUAACUACAUUUUAUUACAAGCAAGGCUUGUCUUUAAUUGAUUCUUUUCUAUGCUGGGAAACAUCUAAAGGGGACCAUUUGCCUAAAUCUUUGGAAGGGUUCUUUAUCUAUGAAGAAGAAGGUUCUGGAGUUCCAGGUUCCAGUAGAAAAGGAAAUGAUGCCAUCGUAGUGGAACAAUGGACUGUUAUCGAGGGCUGUGAAAUCAGGACGGAUUACGGGCCCCUGCUGCAUACGCUGGCGGAGUUUGGGUGGCUGCUGACCAACGUGCUGCCUACCCCUGUCCUGAGACAUGACAGUGAAGGGAAUUUGGCUACAAAGCAAGUUGUGUUUCUUCAGAGACCAGUUAUAUGGAAUUCAGUGGCUCAAACACCAGAAAGGAAAGCCAGCCGGCAUGCAAAAGGUGAAGAUAGGAACAAGGUCACCAGUAGGAGCAUCGGACUAGAUACGGCCACGUCCCAAUAUGCCGAGGACAGAAGCCCACCCGCGGAGGGCCUGCCCUCUCCUCCGGGAGAGUGCUGGCUGAAGGAGAGGCCGGCCCAGUGCAGCAGCUUCUCGGGGUUCAGCAGCAGCGACAGCGUCCUGCGGGAAUUCGAGGACGGACCCUUUGACCAGGAAGACGGGGUGACUCAGGUCACUUGUAUGUGAGCCGCGCAGCAAAGCAACAGAAGGCCCCGUACGUGCUUAUUAAAUAACUGCCAGCUGACGUGAUUGUAUUACUGUAUCUGCAUUUAUGGAAUAGUUUGAAUUCUUCCAGGCUCAGGCUUCCUUCUAAUCGCGGAACACUUUGGCUCAACCUCCCAGACCAGGAAGAAUAACCAACACAUUUGUAAAUUUAGAAUCAUGUUUACACUGCUCCCAGAUUAAAAAAAAAAAAAAAAUCUGUUUAAACAGAUGUCUCAUUAGGUUAUUAACUGUUAAUCUACUUCAUUUUCUCAUGAAUGUACAAGGUAUAAUUUCCUACAAUUCCUGGUAAGAAGACUAAGUACCUCAACCAGUAUUUCACCUAAUUAGAGAGAUCUCAGGAAGUUAGAGUCUUACACAAACUGAAAAAUAAUGCCCCCCCUCACACACACGCACACACACACGCACACACAGGGCUAACAAUGAAAUCCCUAUUUCCUGAAUAUAACAAUAAAUCCAAAUUUUGUCUUUAACCAUGGAAUGUAUAAACAAAACAAGCCCUUAUUUGUUAACAUAUUCUUUGAAAAAACAUCGUUUUGGUAUGUCUUUGCUUUUAAAAGGUCGCCAAGUCACUGACCCCGUGCUGACGCGCUGAGCGUAAGCUCUGUCGCGGCUAACAGCCGAAAGCAGGGAGAGCAAAGCCGCUUUCCUCACAUUCAAUAGGGGAAGGACCCAUCUCAGUAUUUAAAAAUCUUAGUUCACAGGAAGAAUUAAUUUUACUUCUCCUAUAUUGCAAAGAGUAUGAAAAGGGAAAACAUCAACUUUGAGUGGAACCUGAAGUCCCAUCUACAUCUGUCUAGAUUUGAAUUACUCUUUCAUUUCGAUGGCUGCACCAGGAGGAAGGUGGAAGCCCGGAGUGCUCCAUCCCGGGGGGUGGGCUGAGCCCGCAGCACAGGCGCUGGGCCUGCCGACCCGGAGGUCCCGUCUCCGCUGCCCGUGCACUGCCACAGGGGCGCCUCUGCCUCGCCCCGCCUUUACGAGGCAAAGAUCAAAAUUCUACAAAAUAGAGGAUUUUCAUUGUUCUACAAAAGCCUUACUUUGAAAUAUGGGAACCUUCAAGUGAAUUACAACUGACUUUGCCAUUUAUGAAUUCAACAUAUUAUAUAAUUUUAUUAGCAUUGGUGUUGAUAUUGUAAGAUCAUUUGAAUAAUAAAAUGUCAUUUGUUA